AUGGAUAUUUCUAAGUUAUGUCGUUGUUGUAUGAAGGAAGUUGCGUCGUGGGAGAAAGAGAAUUUUAGCGCUGGAGUCGUUGAAAUGUUUUGUUUUUGCACAAAUAUUAAGGCCACCGAUGAUGAAAAAUUACCGAAACAAUUUUGUUACGACUGCGUUAUUAAAAUCGAAUCUUGUUACACGUUUAUAAAAGAAGCACAAAAUGUAAACAUAACUCUCAAAAACAUGGCAUCUCGAAGUGAAACUAGAAUAAUAAUUAAUCCAGAUAAACUACAAAACUCUGAACACCAAGAACAUAAUAAAUUAAAACUAACAUUACCAGAUUACAAAUUAUCUAUUGGAGUAAGUAAUUAUGAGCAAACGAUACCAGAAGUAGACAAAAAUAUAUCAGCUCAGGUUGAAAAUAACCAGAUAGAUUCUGUGUCGGAAGACAUACAAAAUGAUUUGGUGCAAUUGAAAACAGAGGAUAAAAUUCCCAAUGAUUCCAAAAAGAAUGUAUGUCCAGUUUGUAGAAAAGAAUUUAUGUCUAAGAAAUGGUUUUCCAAGCACAUGGAGAAGGAACAUUCUGGUCAUAAAUACACAUGCUCACAUUGUCCAAAAACAUUUUCAAAGCCGUUUCAAUUAGCUUAUCAUUCCACAACCCAUUCCGAGGAGCGCAAUUUCCCCUGUCUCACCUGUGGAAAGAGUUUCAAGAGAAGGAAACAGCUCACCAUACACAUAAGAUCACACUCUGAUGUUAGACCUUUUGCUUGUGAUAAAUGUUCAAGAAGGUUUAAAGAUAAGAGUGUUCUAAAAUCUCAUAUGAAGGUACAUGACAAUGUGAAGCAGUACCUGUGCUCAUACUGUGGCUGGAGCUUUGCACAAGCCAGUAACUUGAAAGUCCACCUCCGUACUCACACGGGCGCCAAGCCCCACGCGUGUACUCAAUGCGGGUUCCGUUCGUCCGCUGCUUCUUCACUAAGGAGACACCAACGUCGGCACCAGGGAGCCCGGCUGUAUGUGUGUGAACAGUGUAGGAAGGGCUUCUUUGAUGCUAGUGGCUUGGCUCGCCACAGUCGCACACACUCAGGAGAGCUGCCCUACCAGUGUCCGGGAUGUACUCGCUCCUUCCCGGACAGCUGGAAACGGAAAACACACCUCAUGAGGGCUCACAGGCUGCCACUACAGGAUAUACCGCGCAUGCGCAGUGAUGGAAGGCCUAUUUAG